AUUGGGGCGGGGGAGGAGGAGAGGCUGCGGGAGGGAGAAGGGAGGGACCAAAGGAAAGAGCCGAGAGGGCUUCCAACUCAGUUCGCCGACUAAGCAGAAGAAAGAUCAAAAAAACGGGAAAGAGAAGAGCAAACGGGCACUUUCAAGAACAAUCCCCUCAUCUCCAAGUCGACCAGAGCUGUAGGAAUCCAAAUUCAGUGCCUACCGAAGACAAAGGCGCCCCUAGGGAGCUCCGGCGGCGCGACCCCAGGACGUGGGCCUCGCCGAGGAGCCCGCAUUGCCUGGCGGCCCCGACGUCUCGGACCAUGUCUCCCACCCCUCGACCCUCCCGCAGCCUCCUCCUCCCCCUGCUCACGCUCGGCACUGCGCUCACCUCCCUCUGCUGGGCCCAAAGCAGCAACUUCAGCCCCGAAGCCUGGCUGCAGCAGUAUGGUUACCUGCCUCCAGGAGACCUGCGUACCCAUACACAACGCUCACCCCAGUCACUCUCAGCUGCCAUUGCUGCCAUGCAAAAGUUCUAUGGUUUGCAAGUGACAGGCAAGGCUGAUGCAGAUACCAUGAAAGCCAUGAGGCGUCCCCGCUGUGGUGUUCCAGACAAGUUUGGGGCAGAGAUCAAGGCUAAUGUUCGAAGGAAGCGCUAUGCCAUCCAGGGCCUCAAAUGGCAGCAUAAUGAAAUAACUUUCUGCAUACAGAACUACACCCCCAAGGUAGGCGAAUAUGCCACAUUUGAGGCCAUUCGUAAGGCAUUCCGUGUAUGGGAGAGUGCCACACCACUACGCUUCCGCGAGGUACCUUAUGCCUACAUCCGAGAAGGCCAUGAAAAGCAAGCUGACAUCAUGAUCUUGUUUGCUGAGGGUUUCCAUGGUGACAGCACACCCUUUGAUGGUGAAGGUGGCUUCCUGGCCCACGCCUACUUCCCAGGCCCCAACAUUGGAGGGGACACCCACUUUGAUUCUGCUGAGCCUUGGACUGUCCAAAAUGAGGAUCUCAAUGGGAAUGACAUCUUCUUGGUAGCUGUGCAUGAGCUGGGUCAUGCCCUGGGCCUGGAGCACUCGAACGAUCCCUCUGCCAUCAUGGCACCCUUUUACCAGUGGAUGGACACAGAGAACUUCAUGCUGCCAGAUGAUGACCGCCGUGGGAUCCAGCAACUGUAUGGGAGUAAAUCAGGAUCACCCACCAAGAUACCCCAUCAACCCAGAACUACUUCCCGGCCCUCUGUCCCUGAUAAGCCCAAAAACCCCACCUAUGGGCCCAACAUCUGUGAUGGGAACUUUGAUACUGUGGCCAUGCUCCGAGGAGAGAUGUUUGUCUUCAAGGAGCGCUGGUUCUGGCGGGUAAGGAAUAACCAGGUGAUGGAUGGAUACCCAAUGCCCAUUGGCCAAUUCUGGAGGGGCCUGCCUGCAUCUAUCAACACUGCCUAUGAGAGAAAGGAUGGCAAAUUUGUCUUUUUCAAAGGAGACAAGCACUGGGUGUUUGAUGAGGCUUCCCUGGAACCUGGCUACCCCAAGCACAUUAAAGAGCUGGGCAGAGGACUGCCUACUGACAAGAUUGAUGCUGCUCUCUUCUGGAUGCCCAACGGAAAGACCUACUUCUUCCGGGGAAACAAGUACUACCGUUUCAACGAGGAGUUCAGGGCAGUGGACAGCGAGUACCCCAAAAAUAUCAAAGUCUGGGAAGGAAUCCCAGAGUCUCCCAGAGGCUCGUUCAUGGGCAGUGAUGAAGUCUUCACAUACUUCUACAAGGGGAAUAAAUACUGGAAAUUCAACAACCAGAAGCUGAAGGUAGAGCCAGGCUACCCCAAGUCAGUUCUGCGGGACUGGAUGGGCUGCCCAUCCGGGGGGCGCCCUGAUGAGGGCACUGAGGAGGAGACAGAAGUGAUCAUCAUCGAGGUGGGCGAGGAGGGAAGUGGGGUGGUGAGUGCUGCUGCCGUGGUGCUGCCGGUGAUGCUGCUGCUCCUGGUGCUGGCUGCGGGCCUUGCUGUCUUCCUCUUCAGACGGCAUGGGACCCCCAAGCGACUGCUCUACUGCCAGCGCUCCCUGCUGGACAAGGUCUGACCCCCACCGCUGGCCCGCCCACUCCUACCACAAGGACUUGGCCUCUGAAGACCAGGGGCAGCAGGGGGUAGUGGGUGAGCUGUUCCUUCUCAUCUUGAUCUCCUCCCUCAGUCUCCCUUCUCUGGCCCUAACUGGCCUCAACCACCCUUGGCAUUGCUUCUUCCCUCAGUGGAUCCCCUGAGAGCUGGGCAGGAAGAUGGUCUCUUCCAGCCUCUGGCCCUCAGGAGAUCCAUGUAGUUUGGUGUGUGUCCAGCCUCAUGUGAAUAUUGUGGGGGCUCUGCACUUGAAGGCAGAACCCUCCCACCUCAUUAGCAAAGGUCACAUGGGAUUGUCUGCUCCUUUUCUAUCCCCUUGUAUACCUUAAACUUCUAAACUCUGACCUCAGGAGGCUCUGGGCACUCCAGCCCUGCAAGUACCAGGUAUACCCAAUUGGCAGCCUCCCACCACUCUUUGGCUAAAGGGAAUAUAAAUGUGUGUGUUUAAAGGUGGAAGGAUUGUUCUGCCACCUUAAGACCUUGGGAGAAAAGCUCAAAGAGAGUCUUGGUGGCUCGGUCAGUUGGUCCUCUCCACAAAGAUCUGCCUCUGUCCCACCCAGCCUGAAUAACUUCCACAGAAGCCUGAGCCAUUGAGGGCUAGACUGGGGCUAGGGGAAAAAAAAACCAACCAAACAAACAAACAAAAAAACUUGACCCUAACCCCUCCUGAAAGUUAGCCUAUCCUUGGGUAGCUGUUUCAAGGUUGAAAGAGCUGAAACCAGGGAGGGUGGUCCACAGUGGAAUGGAGACAAGGGGAGACAAUAGGAUCUGAAGACCAGAGGUGAGGAAUGAGCCCAAAGGCUAUAGAGAAAGAACCUUGUUCAGCAGGCAGCUGAAGCUGGGACCCCAGGACAGAGCAGUCAGAGAAAAAGAAAUGAGUGGAGUAGUAGUGCAUACUUGGGGACCUAGACAGACCACAAGGGCUCCCUGAGGUGCUGUGAUAGCAGGAGAGGCACAUUUUAUUGGCGCUCUCAGGAAGAGCCCUAAGGAAGUCACACUGGCCUCUCUGUCCCCUUGCUGACUGACCAGUGUGGAAAGGAUAGGUGGGAGCUAAGACAGGAACAAAGAAGGCAUGCAUAUAGGGACUGGAGAAUUGAGGAUCUUACUGGGAGAGGCCAACUAUUUGCAAGGCCAGAGGAGGUUCCCAGAGGCCUGGCAGCACUCAGUCAGCCUCACUACCCCAGUGAAGCACAGGUGCCUGGGUGUUUCUGGGUGAGGUUGGCCCCUCCUUUCCCUGAUGCCCACAUUCUUCAGUCCACAUUAUUCAUAUCUUGACUUUCCUCUUUCCCACCCAGCCCACCUAUUUGAAGUCUCCUUAGGCCAUUGAAGAUGGUCAUGGUACUGGAGACUUGGGAAAGUAAGACCUGUGGAAGGAGUGAGAGGAGAGAGAUUUUGGGGUGGGGGGUAUGUGGGUAGGGUAAUGAGGUGAACGGUGCUGGCAGUUCAGCUAAAUUUCUGUCUUGUUUGUUUUUUUUUGUUUUGUUUAAUGUAUAUUUUUAUUAUAAUUAUUAUAUAUGAACUCCUUCAAAUUGUUCCUUUUUGUUAAUGAGGGGCAUGGGUGUGGGUGGGGGAGGGGGGAAGAGGCAUAUGACCCCAGGAACCUGCAGGGCGGGGCUGGGUCAGUGCCCUCUAAGGACUUUUUCCACCUUGUUCAACCUUUCCACAAAGAAUAAACAGUGUUUCACA